AUGUCGGCAGUCAAUAAUCCCACGGACAGCAAGUCAGGUAUGGACUGCCACUCCUAGCAAUGCCCUGUAUCCAGCCUCCGCUUGGCACCAGUUCGAGUGGAGUGUGGAGUAUGCCGCGGAGGAUUCAAUGCGCCGCCUUGAGCUUGCUUGCUGACGACGCACUUCUACAGCCGCCAAGAAGAAGAAGAAGAGCAAGAAGAAGGCGAAUGGCCCGAGUCAGCAGAGUAACGCCGCCCUCGACCAGAAUGGCGUCAAGGACAGUGUAGUGGAGGACGAGGAGGAGGAUGAGGCAUCACAAUCGACGAAUGUAAGCAUGGCAUUAGGACAAUCAGGAGAUUGCAAGGCUAAGAUGCGGUGUAGAAAGGAUUGAUGCCACCUCAGAAAGCUGAAGACACGCUGCAUAUGCCUUCAUCGCCUCCUGAGCCCGCCUCGCCCGUCGAGCGCGGACAGCCCGUUCAGAAUGGCUCGCAUACAAAAGAGUCAACUUCUGAGGCAGAUAGGAGGCCAGACGAACCGGAGGACGACGAUGACGAAGAAGCAGAACCUAUGAACCCUUCCCACGGUAUCUCAGCCGACUCCGACGAUACAACAGCCCGCUUGAAUGCCAUGCAGGAGGAACGCGACAGCCUCAAGGCCGAAGUUACCCAAUUACGCGAAUCACUGGAAAGCUUCCAGAAGAAGCACAGCGAAGAGCUAUCAGGUGUGAAAGAUGAGCUGCAGCAAACUCAAGAGAGUAGGGACCACGCCGAGACGCAAUAUAAGAACCUCCUCGGCAAGGUGAACACCAUCCGCACGCAACUGGGCGAACGCUUGAAAGCAGAUGCAGCUGAAUUAGAAACAGCACGUGAGCGGAUCGAAGAGCUGGAGACGUCGAAUAGAACGGCGGGCGAAGAGAACGAGCGAUUGCAGGACCAGAUGUCCAAGCUGAACUCCGAGAAGGAAUCACAGGCCUCCGAGAUUGAGGAGCUCAGGAAUCGCACGAACCUCUCACAGGGUAACUGGGUCAAAGAACGCGACGAGUUGGUGCGAAGAGAAGCAUACAUGCGAGAAGAAUAUGAAGUUGCCAAGCAAGCCAUGCAGGACUGGGAGAUCCUCGCGACUGAAGAGAGGUCAAGAAGGGAAGCUCUCGAGGAGCGAGUGCAAGAACUCGAGGAGCAACUAAACGGACAACGAGAAGCUUACGAGCGGGUCAGAGGCGAAGCAGAAACCCAGGGCAAUACGGUGGACGGCUUGCAGCGUGCACUUCGAGAUCUCCAGGAAGAGCGCAAGAGAGAACUCCGCGAAAUGGUCGAGCAAUCACAAUCUCAACUCGAAUCCCUUCGAGCCCAAACUAAAGCCGCCGAGGACGCAGCAACAGAUCUCAAAAAGGAACUGGACACGACUCAAAAGGAGCUUGAGCGCGCCGCUCCUUUCGAGAAGGAAGUCAAGGAGAAGAACCUCCUGAUCGGCAAACUCCGACACGAAGCCGUCAUCCUCAACGACCAUCUCACCAAAGCCCUCCGCUUCCUCAAACGCGGCAAGCCAGAAGACAACGUGGAUCGACAAAUCGUCACGAAUCACUUCUUGCAAUUCUUGCAACUCGAUCGCAGCGAUCCCAAGAAAUUCCAAGUCCUCCAACUCAUCGCCGCCCUCCUCGGCUGGGACGAACAACAACGCGAACAAGCCGGUCUCCUCCGCCAGGGGUCCGGUUUCUCCACGGCAGGAGGUAGUCUCAGGGUUCCCGUCUCCCCCUUCCGACGCACGCCGAGUACGCCCACCCUGACGGGAAACUUCGACCCCAUGUCUCCCAGCAGCGAAACGGGCGGGCGAGAGAGUCUCGCAGAACUCUGGAGUGAUUUCUUGGAAAGGGAAGCGGAGACGGGAGUCGGUGGGCAUAGCAGACGGCCCAGCCUCGCACAGCAGAGUGUCCGAAGCCCGAGUCUGAGUCUUCCGCAACAGAGUGCGGGUAUCAUGGCUCCUCCCAUGCGGAGUCCGGAUUUGAAGAGGAAGGAGAGCGCGAGUCAGGCUACUAGUGCUGCGGCGGCCACGGGGACUGGGAGCGGGAGGCAGGAGAGUAGGAGUAGUAGCGCAGCUGGGGAAUGA